AUGACUCCAGAAACUCCCAGCCUUAAAGCUCACCCAAGCGGGUUCUCCAUGGAGAAUUCUGAUCUCCACGAUCAAACCCAACGCCUCUCCUUCCCCAAUCUAAUCGCAGCCUAUCUCUGCCUCUGCGCCUGCUAUUUCAUAUCCUAUCUUGACAUGAAUUCAACUACAACAGCUCUCCCAACUAUCUCAACAGCCCUUUCAGCAGGAACGACAAUCACAUGGGCGGGCACUGCCUUUCUACUCGGACAGACAGUCUUCCAACCACUAUAUGGCCGCAUAUCUGACAUCGCUGGACGCAAACCCGUACUACUCGCAUCUGUGGGAUGUAUCUUCUUGGGCGAUCUUCUUUCCGGCUGGGCGCGGAGCGCUCUUUGGCUAUAUAUCACGCGUGCACUUAGUGGAAUUGGGGCCGGUGGGAUUAGUUCGUUGGUUGCCAUUAUUGUUAGUGAUCUGGUUAGCUUGAAGGAGCGUGGGAAGUAUCAGGGUAUGGUGAGUAUUGCUAUUGGUUUAGGUGCCCUAACAGGGCCAUUUGUUGCUGCCAGUCUUGUACAGAGGGGUGAGGAUGGUUGGAGGUGGGUGUUUUGGGUUCCCUCCAUUCUUGCUUUGGUGUGUGCGGUGGUGCUCGUGUUUCUUUUGCCUUUGAAGCCAGUGGUUGGUAGCUGGCGGGAAAAGGUGAAGAAGAUUGAUUGGUUUGGAGUUGGUGCUUCUGUUACGGGGAUUAUUCUGCUGCUGAUUCCAAUUAACUCCGGUGGGAGUAUAUGGUCUUGGCACAGUUCUUUGAUUAUUGCGCUACUCACCCUUGGGGGCGUAUUUAUUGUUCUAUUUGUCUUCAACGAGGGUCUACUUGCAAAGAUCCCACUCAUGCCAUUACGCCUAUUCCGAAAGCGGUCUCUAACCAUUAUGUUGAUCUCUGGUGCACUCCACGACUAUGUCUGGCAGGCAACACAGUAUUUCAUGCCGCUGUACUUUCAAAAAAUUCGUGGUUAUUCCCCUCUGGAGAGUGCCACCUUGAUUUUACCAUACGUGUUGGCGCAAAGUCUUGCUGGUGCCGCGUCGGGGCCUUUGAUGAGUCGAUUUGCGAGGUAUUCACCAGUUCUGCGUGCAGGAUUUCUUCUUUGGACACUCGCAGCAGGUCUCCAUCUACUAUUCACCCAACAUACUCACGUCGCAAUCUAUGUUGUGGUCCUUGCAAUUGAAGGUGUUGGAGUCGGCUUCGUUCAUCAACCGGGACUUGUAGCCGUGCAAGCUCUCUCCAGACCAGAGGAUCGUGCAGUUGCGACUUCCACUCGAAAUUUGUUACGGUCUCUGGGAUCUGUCUUCGGCGUUGCCAUUUCAACUGCGGUACAGAACACUGCUAUACAAUGGAAUUUGCGCGGUACCAUUCCUUCGGACCUUCUGUCAGAAGUUCUGGAUGGAAACUGGAGUACCAGCGACGUUAGUACCGAGGAGUACCGCUCUCAAAUUCUCGAUGCGGAAAUGAAAGGGUUUCGCGUUGUCUUUAUCAUACUCAUUCCUCUAAUGUGUCUCUGCUUUGCCGGUAAUUUCUUUGUCGUCGAUACAGUGCUCAAGGGUGAUGUGAUAGAGAAGGCCCAGGAGAAAACGCGGACUUUAGAUGGGAGGAUGGUAGAGCAUUCAAGUCAAAAUGGAUGUCCUGAUAAACAGACAGAGGUUUAA